AUGCGGCUGUUGUUCUGCGUGUCGAAGUGCUCGCGCAGGAUGCACUUGUUGAAGCUGAAGGCGGUCCAGCCGCGGCUGCUCUGGCUGGAGCACCGACCCGCCGCCCCGGCCGCCCCCCGGCGGAGGAGGCCGGGGAGCGGGGCGAAGCCCCCGGGCUGCGCGGCCCCGGUUCCCCCGCUCGGCUCGGUCAGGCCCGCCGGGUCUCUGGCGGGUCUGCCCGUGCUGCUCUCACACACGCCCCCGGGACGGCCGCGGACAGUCCCACACACGCCCGUGGCGUUUGCCAGCUCCAGCUCCAGCUCCAGCUCCUCGGCCCCGUCCUCACCCGGACCCGCGGAGCCCCGGGCGGCCGCGGACGGCGACCGGACGCCCGGCUCGCUGCCCCUGGAGGACGCCAAGAGGAUCCUCCGACUCGCUCACCCGGAGAGAUGGAACCUGGCAGCUGCCGUCGGCUUUCUGACAGUCUCCAGUGCCGUAACCAUGUCGGCUCCCUUCUUCUUGGGCAGAGUUAUAGACACCAUUUACACCUCUGGAACAGACACAGAGACGAUGACAGCCUCUCUGACGUCUCUGUGCAUCAUGCUGACGGGAGUGUUUCUGUGUGGCGGAGCAGCCAACGCUGUCAGACUCUACCUCAUGCAGGCCUCAGGCCAACAGAUUGUCCGAAAUCUCCGUGCCUCCCUCUUCUCCUCCAUCCUCAGUCAGGAAGUGGCGUUUUUUGAUAAGAAUAGGACCGGCGAGCUCAUCAACCGGCUGUCGGCAGACACAGCGGUGGUGGGACGCUCGAUCACAGACAACAUCUCAGACGGGCUGAGAGCUGUCGCUCAGGCAGCUGCUGGUGUCAGCAUGAUGUUCUACGUCUCUCCAAGUCUAGCAAGCUUUGUGUUGAUGAUUGUCCCUCCCAUGACUGGUUUCGCCAUCAUUUAUGGCAGAUACCUUCGCUCCAUCUCCAAACGGACGCAGGACGCACUGGCACAAGCCACGCAGUUAGCAGAGGAGCGACUCAGCAACAUGCGGACGGUCAGGGCUUUCGGUAAAGAGCUGUCAGAAGUCACCAAGUACACACAGAAGACAGACCAGGUUCUCGGUCUGGCUAAAAAGGAGGCCAUGAUGCGUGCUGGAUUCUUUGGAGUGACCGGUCUCAGCGGGAACCUCAUGAUCCUGUCAGUGCUGUACAAAGGAGGCAUUCUGAUGGCCAAUCAGCACAUGACUGUGGGAGAGCUCUCAUCCUUCCUCAUGUACACCUUCUGGGUGGGCAUCAGCAUUGCAGGCCUGAGUUCGUUCUACUCUGAGCUCAUGAAGGGUUUUGGAGCAGGAGCCCGGCUCUGGGAGCUGCUGGACAGAACUCCGGAGUUUCCUCUAAAUGAGGGACGAGUCCUCCCCAUGGACCAGCUGAAAGGCCAGCUGGAGUUCCGCGAUGUCUCUUUUGCCUACCCGACUCGUAAAGAAGCGCUUAUUUUCCACAAACUAAAUCUCUUGGUCCCUGCUGGCACCAUCAUGGCUGUGGUGGGGCCCAGUGGCUCUGGGAAAUCCUCCCUGGUCUCCCUGCUGCUGAGGCUUUACGACCCUGAUGCCGGUUUAAUCACUAUCGAUGGUCACGACAUCAGGGAUUUAAACCCUUACUGGCUCAGGAGUCACAUUGGCACCGUCAGCCAGGAGCCAGUGCUGUUUUCCUGCUCUAUCAGAGACAACAUAGCCUACGGUGCUGUGGACGCCAGUACUGUGACCACAGAGGACAUCUACAGGGCUGCCAGAGUGGCCAACGCUUAUCAUUUCAUCCAGGAGUUUCCUAAGGGCUUUGACACCAUAGUGGGGGAGAAAGGAGUGCUGCUUUCAGGUGGUCAGAAGCAGAGGAUAGCCAUUGCCAGAGCUCUCCUUAAGAAUCCAAAGAUCCUGCUUUUAGAUGAGGCCACCAGUGCACUGGAUGCUGAAAACGAGUCUCUUGUCCAGGAGGCAUUGGAGCGCCUGAUGGAGGGGAGAACGGUCGUGAUCAUCGCUCACCGUCUGUCCACCAUAAAGAAUGCUGACACCGUAGCUGUCCUGGACCAGAGGUGCAUAGCCGAGUGUGGCCACCCCACAGAGCUGCUGGGAAACAGGCAGGGACUGUUCAGGAAGCUGAUGGAGAAGCAGGCCUUUUUACAGGAAGAGCAGCAGCGAGCUCUUGUCUGAGAGGACGAGGAGCCCUCGUAAGUGGAAGAGGAACGGGGAGGGAGAUGCGUUGGCUUUGGCCCUGACAGACUUGAACCCCUCCUCACACACAUGAAUAAAAGAUGAAAGAAAAGCAGACCUUCAAAGUAAUUUUCCGAGACUUCCCUCUAUUUCUCAGGUCUUCUCAGAUAUGAGAAAGAGGACAUAUGUAACACAGAAUGAAGACUCGGGAGCUGAAAGGGGAUCCCUUAUUUUGACAAAGUGUUCAGGGAAUUUCCUAAGCGUUAAAAGGAAGGGAGCCUAAAACACUCCCUUGAAAAACAGAUGCUUUUGUUAUUUAUAUCACUUUCACUAGCCUUUUACAGCCUAAACAAACGAAACAAGCCACAUGUGCUGUGAAACUGAGGGUUGUACAAAAAAAAAGCAAAUGACAAAUCAUUUAUCACGAUAAAGGCAUAAAAAUCAAAGAUGAGGUGCUAUAUAUGUUUUAGCAUUAUUUUAACAUUCAGUCUGUCUUUAGGUGUUUAUAUUUUUGUCUCAGAUUUUAACUGACAGCCAUUAACCUGCCAAACGUUGGCCACCUGAAAGGACACUGAUGGAGGUUUACUGAUAAGUCUGAGGUGGUCUAGGCAUCGUGAUUAGGCCUCUUUAUCAAGAGCUGCAGCUAAAACCACAGGUUUCUCCCACAAGUCACCAUGGAUCUGACUAAUGCCAGCUGAGCCAACAUUAGAACUUCAGGAUGUGAUUGUACAGCAGCCUACAAGCACGCUGUUUACAGCUGUAUUUGUAGUUGUGACAUCAUUGUGUCUUUUAUCCCCUCCGCACUUCUCGGUCUUUCAAGGAAAUUCUCUUGACCCCCUUGAAUUCUUUGUAAACAACUCCAAAACAGCUGUUUGGUGACAUGUCGCUGUAAAGCUAGCUAAAAUAUUAUAGCUGGCAUGGAGAGGUUACCUGGAGCUAAAGAUUCCUUUGUUAAUAUUUGGACCUGCUUAUACCCACAACACUACUCCAUGAGACCCCAAAUCAGCCCGUCACAUGUUAUUUAAUUAACUUUUUAAUGCCAAAAUCUUCUUUUUUCCCUAUUUAGAAGUGGCUUUGUGGUACAUAAAAAGCUGUCACAUUUGUGGCUUUUUCUGAAUAACAGCAUUCUUUGGUUAUCCUACUAAGGCUUAUACUAAGGAGUUGGUGGCUGUUUUGUUUGAAGUGCCAGGAAUGAAUGUACAGUUUGAAAUUGGGGGUAAGGGGGCUCUAAGACCAGUGCAUUAUGUGUCAUAACAGAGGCACACAUCAACACCGUUGCAGAUUUAAUUUUGUACUGAUCAACCACUAAAAUCCUCUCACGAUACUGCCUGCACGGGUUAGGGACAUGGCUGGUUAUAAUGUUGUGAUUUAGGAAAUUCAAAGAUAUUAUGUAUUUAUUUUUUAACAGAUGUAGAUUGUAAGAAACCAGAGGCUUGGCUCAGACCAUUAGUUUUUAUUUUUGUUUUUUAAUUGAUAUAUUCAUUAACUUGUGCUAAUUCUUGUUUUUGUUUUGUCUUUAUUCAGCGCAAAAGGAUCCAUUUUUACUUGAAUAUUGCAGUCCUUAUUUUUAUGUGGAUGUGACGUUUUAGUCUACAAGUUUUGGUCCAAUAUCCCUUAAUAUAUGUUUGGCCUAAUCUCUGAUCUUUGUUGCUUUUGUUUUGAGUCAUAUUGUUAAAACAUGUCCACGAUGAGUUAAUGAAAAAGACACACUGCACCUCCUCUCACUCCAGAUUAAAUUAAAGGUCGAAGUUCAUCAGUUGACAAUGGAUCCACAUGCCGACAGAAGUUAUACCCGAGAGUUACUUUUUUAUCUGUAACAUAACAAAGUACAAAUGUGACCUAAAUUAUAUUGUGAAUACUUUCUAAACGAUCGCCCUUGUAAUUACAGAUGAAUAAAGUCACACACUGAUAGUC